GGGACACAUGGGGAUGUGUUGUGUAGUAAAUGUGUUAUAACCAGAUCGACUCAUCUUGAUCGACAUGAUCGAAUCGACGGUCCUUCCCUGGGAUCGAUUGGACAUCAGUUUCAGAUAACGAGCCAAUACAGCGAGCGCGCACGUCCCCACGAGGAUCCCACGAGCGCGUGUCAGUAGCACGGGACGCUCCUCUCCUCUCGCGCCCCCAACAAUAGAGUGGUACGUACCAUUAUCACAGCGCACAAUGGGGACAUUUCCCCACGAAUUGACAUCGCUUCGCGUGCUUCACGUCGAAAAGAGCGUGCACGUCGCCCGUGUGUGAGUUUCACGCGGUUUCUUUUUUCCUUCCGAGCCCGCUCUUUGCCUCCUCGGAGCGGAUUUAACGCCGGAUUCCAGCCGCGUUUCUCCGGAGCGUCCCCUCGGAAACACAGAGUCCCCGGGUCGCUCUCCUCUUCCAGCAGCAGGGCUACAUUUGAUGUCAGCGACCCGAACAAACAUGGAGCCGAGCCGGGGAUUUAAAGCCUUGGAUACGGGGGCAUGCGCUGCGGCUCAGUGAGGAUGGACGGACAGUAAAGAGGAAUACUUUUUUAUCAAACAUAUCAGUUAGUGGUGUUGCAGCAGAAGGAUGCCGCUGGUGAAGCGCACCAUCGAGCCCCGGCACCUGUGCCACACGGUGCUGCCGAGGAACAUCAAGAAUGAGCUGGAGUGUGUGACUAACAUCUCCUUGGCCAACGUCAUCCGCCAGCUCAGCAGCCUGAGUAAAUAUGCAGAAGACCUGUUCGGAGAGCUGUUCAACGAGGCCCACUCCUUCUCUUUCCGGGUCAACUCCCUGCAAGAGCGAGUGGACCGCCUCUCCAUCAGUGUCACACAGCUUGACCCCAAAGAGGAGGAAUUGUCUCUUCAGGACAUCACCAUGAGAAAGGCCUUUAGGAGUUCCACUAUUCAGGACCAGCAGCUUUUCGACCGCACGUCGCUGCCCAUCCCUCUGCAGGAGACCUUCGAGACCUGCGAGCGGCCGCCGCCCCUCAACAUCCUCUCGUCCUACAGGGACGAUGGGAAGGAGGGCCUGAAGUUCUACACCAAUCCAUCCUACUUCUUCGACCUGUGGAGAGAAAAGAUGCUGCAGGACACAGAAGACAAGAGGAAGGAGAGGAGGAAACAGAAGCUGGAAAUGCCUUAUCUUGUGUGUCCGAAGGGCCUUAUAAGAGUCCUCUCUGAAACCCCUCCUCCCCUCCUCGGUACCCCAGAGUUGCAGGAUCCCCGCAUGUAUGAUCAGGUCUAUAGGUACUUAGACCUUCCAGGACAGAUGAAGGCAAUAGAGCGUCCGCCGGAGUCGGAGAAGAUACCGCGGGCGCCGCACGACCGUAAAAAGGAGUGGCAGAAACUGGCUCUGGGGGCGGAGUUGGCACAGGACAUCUCUGAGGACAAGCACAGAGAGGCCAACGGAUCUGCAGGUUAUCAUAACAGGGAUCCUAUGUACACGGAGGAAAUGGACGGGCACUUUUCGCUGGCGGCGCUGCCCUACACCCAGAUGAACGAGCUGCUGAACCGCACCGGGGACAGAAUGUAUUCGCGGCCCCACGACCCGCCACCACCUCCUCCCAUGCACCCACUGGGAGAGAUCAAGCCACCCUCUGUGAUCAGCUCCAGUUCGGGCUUUUCCGACAGCAGACCUCAGUCUCCGGCACGAACAGCAGGUUUCAACUCCAACACUCCUCCUCCCCCGCCUCCACCUCUUCCCCCUCCGCCUCCGCCCUUACCCUCCUCAGGCAUGCGGGGCACCCCUCCUCCUCCCAUUCCUCCUCUACCAGUCCAGCAGCCCAUGGCGAUCCCACCUGCCCCUGCUCCCCUCCAGAUUGCUCCGGGGGUGCUCCACCCGGCGCCUCCGCCCGUGGCGCCUCCACUCCACUCCUCCUCCCCGGCUCGUCUCCAGCAGGUCCUGGACAAGGGCCCACCCAUGAGCUUUGGUGCCCAUGCGGCCGGCAACAUCCUGCCUCCUCCCCCACCGCCUCCUCCUCUGCCUCUCCCCGGAGCGCGGAGCUCCUCGCCGGGUAUGUCAGGACCGCCACCGCUGCCGGCCUUCCCCUCAGCAGGAGCCAUGGCCUCACCCCACAACCUCCACGAUUUGGGGUCCAAGAGGCACCACCCAGCCAGUCUACCGCCCAUCAGCGAUGCUCGCAGUGUCCUGUUGGAGGCCAUCAGAAAAGGCAUACAUCUGCGCAAAGUGGAGGAGCAGCGAGAGCAAGAGGCUAAACACGAGCGAGUCGGCAACGACGUGGCCACCAUCCUGUCCCGGCGCAUCGCUGUGGAGUACUCCGACUCCGAGGACGAGUCCGAGUUCGACGAAGGAGACUGGAUGGAGUGAUGGCCGUCAGAGAGUUGGGGGGGAAAAAAUAAAAAGCAGCGGUGGCAGGAGAGGACAAAAUUGUUCAGGUGCACCCACCUCCAAAUACC